GUUAAUAUUUCUAUUAUAAUGGUGUUAAUCAAAAUAUUGAUUUCACUUUGGACUUCCAAUUCGUUUAUUAAUUAGAUUAAAGGAAACGUUUUUUAUAAUACGUUUUUUUAAUUUAAGCGACUGGUUCUCCUAAGUAUUUAUUUUUACCAGCGAUGAAAUAUUUUCGGAAUGGAAGCAUAUGUGGACAUAUUUCUUAAUCUAAAUACAAACUUUUUACAUUAUUUGUUUACCAAACAAUGAAGAAUUCUUACUUUUGUACAUUUUGGAUCUUGCCUAUAGUUUUUGUAUCAUGUGGCAAACAACCGUAUAACAGAAUUCAUGACAUGCCUCUUGAUGUGAAUAAACUAGAGAGUCUUGGUAACUCCGAUUCUCUCAUGAAAGCGCUUAAAGACAUAGCUCAAAAGUCACAUGAUUGUGGUGUCAAAGAAGUUCCAAAAUUCAGACGAUACUUUCUUAAAAAUAAAACCGUUACGUGCAAUGACGGUUCGCCAGCAGGAUAUUACCUGAGAAAAUCGUAUGGUAGUAAAAAGUGGAUCGUUUUUCUUGAAGGUGGAUGGUACUGUUUCGACGACUUGAGCUGUCGAUUACGAUGGCAAAACACUGGAUGGAGGUCAUACAUGAGCAGUAAUAGCUGGCCGCACCUGCGGAGAGUAAAUGGAUUACUUUCAUCGGAUCCGAAAGAAAAUUCUUACUAUUUCAAUGCAAAUAUGGUUUAUAUUCCUUAUUGUUCGAGUGAUUCUUGGACAGGAACAGUUGUGCACGAAGAUGGAUAUUCUUUCUUAGGCUCACAUAUAAUCGAAGAAGUAAUAAGAGAACUAGUUCCUAGAGGACUUAAAAAAGCACAACGGCUGAUUUUAGCCGGAAGCAGUGCUGGUGGUACGGGUGUUUUAAUGAAUCUAGACCGCGUGGCUGACUUGAUGUCGGAGUUAGCACCAGGUGUAGAGGUCCGGGGUAUCGCAGACUCCGGAUGGUUUGUCGACAUUCCACAGUUCCGGAGAGGAGAAUGCUCCGAUUCCUUUUCGUGUUCACCUGUAGAUAGUAUACAAAGGGGGGUUAAAUUAUGGAAGGGAAAUGUUCCAGAAGCAUGUAGAAAAGAAUACCCUGAAGAUGAACAAUGGAAAUGUUAUUUUGGGUAUAAAAUGUACCCUACCUUAAAAACUCCCGUAUUUAUUGUUCAAUACCUCUUUGAUGAAGCGCAAAUAUCAGUUAUGAACUUACUCGAUAUAUCUCAUUUGAGCAUGAAUUCCAAGAACCAGUAUGCUGGUAUAAUGUCUAAAGAGCAAUGGCAAUACCUCCAUAAUUUGGGAGAGGAAGUUAAAAAAUCUCUCCACAACGUAUCAGCUGUGUUUGCACCAGCGUGUCUGUCUCACGUUUCAUUGACGAAAAGAGAUUGGCAGUCUGUCUCAGUGAAUGGAGUUACACUAGCACAAUCUAUAUAUUGCUGGGAAAAUAACUUUGAAAAAGAUAAAUGUCUCAUUACAACCUCAUCCACUCCAAGUAUACCUCAUACUGACCCUCUUCUAAAAGACGGACCAUCAGUUACAAAUAAACCAAAGCGAGUUCGUCGAAGGAAAAAGAAGAAAAAGAAGAGAAAGAGGAAGAACAAGAAUAAAAAUAGAAAUAGAAACAAAAAUAAAAAAAGAAACAAACUCGAUAAAGAAAAAAGACGAAGACGUCGAGUUAGAAGAAAGAACAGAAGAAAAAAAAGUAAAAAGCGAAGUCGUGCACAAAGGUCUGCAAAAAAUGUGGGCCAUUGUAAUCAUCACGUGAUUGAAUCGUGUCCUCUACCUCAAUGGUGUAAUAGUUUUUGUCCUGCAUUCAGGAAUCAGUUCACGGGUGAAGUAAUUGACUUCUUCAAAUUAUUUGCUGAUUCUGAUAUUGACAGAUCUAGCAUAGCUGAAAUCCUCGGUAGAAACCUCUCUGCAGAGGAAAAUUCAAAUCCAGAAGAGAUUUCCAAAUUGUUAGAGAAGAAAUUUAGGAAAAGAUCUUCAUUGACGUGACCCACAUGUUUUUUUUUUUACAGAAAAGCAUCAUAUAAAUGAUGCAAUGAGCUGUCGGUGUAACGAGUAUUUCAUAAAGGUUGUGAAAGUCGGGCAAUAUUUUUGAUGCAGCAGUUAUUGUACUAAGUUUAUAUAUUUGUUUACAGAAGGCAUAUCAUGGAAAGUAAAGCAAAAUUAAAAGUGCUAAUAAGUCCAUUGUAUUUAUUUAUCUGGCAGGAGAAGAAUUCGUAUAACUAUUUUGUUUGACCGGACAGAGUUGAUAAAUAUUUGAGUACUAAAUAAACCAAGUUAUGACUUAGUGUUGCCGACCAUGCAGUGAAUUAUUUUGGGAAGUGAUCAAUUUUGAAUGAACUGAAUAAUUGUAUACAUCCAUUUUUUUAACUUACGUUUCUCGUUUUGGAGUAUGAAAUGCUUUGUUUGCAAUUUGAUAACACAAUAUACAAGCAGUAAAUUAUACUAAAUUACUAUAAGAAAAUACAUUAUGCAGUAAAAGAAAGAUAUCGUAGAAUGCAAAACCAUUUGUCUUAACUGGAAAUUAUUUUUUUCCGUUAGGUAAUUGCAGUUUAUUCUGUGAAAGUUUAAGCCACCUACUGAUGGACAGUUUCGUUUGAUACAUAUCUUAUAUGAGAUGCAAGAUAAUUGAUUGAUUGAUGGAUGAUUGCUUAACGUCACAAAAGCGCAAACAGGUUACAUGUAUAUUGCGACGAGUUGUCAGCUGAUUAAUAAUAAACGACAUGAUUGUAAAGAUUUUUCCUUCUAGAACAAAAAAAACCAAACUUUUCCAUAUGAAAGUGAAAGUGUUAGCUUGUUGAAAUAUACAAAAAAAAAAAAAAAAAUUAUAACGAUAAGCCGAUAUAUUGCAACAAAUGAAAGAUUCCAUCGAUGCUAAUAAAUUUUCAAUCAAUUCAUUUUUUUUAAUACUAUAACUAACAUUGGGAAGAUGGAAGUGACAUCAAGAUAUGCUUGAGAAAAGGGUCAGAGUGUUGUGAUUUCUUAUUGAUGCAUUGUAGAUUAUAAUGUUUUGUUUUUACUUGUUUUUAUCAGAAUGUUGUAAUUAAUUCUUAUGUGUGUUAACAUUUUUUUAAAUAAUUAAAGUUAAAGCUGAA